UCACGUGGGCCUGACAGCUGGGGGGUUGGGUGGCCUGCGACAAUGUGGUCCCGAGGCAGCCAGCUCCUGGAGCUGCAGCGCUGAGACCCCGGCCCGCCCCCUCCAGCGGCUGACCGUCAGGGUGCACCAUGUUCUCCAGGAAGAAGCGGGAGCUCAUGAAAACCCCUUCCAUCUCAAAGAAGAACCGGGCGGGAAGCCCCAGCCCGCAGUCCUUGGGGGAGCUGCCCAGGAAAGAUAGUGCUGACCCAGCCUCCCCUGGACCUGGCCUGGAGCCUCCAGCUGCAGCCUUGAAUGCCAAGGCUACAGGCACACUCAAGCGGCCCACCAGCCUGAGCCGCCAUGCCAGCGCUGCUGGCUUUCCACUGUCUGGACCCGGCUCCUGGACGAUUGGCCGGGGCCACCGCAGCCCUCUGACAGCCGCCGGCCCCGCUGAGCUCAACACUGAGGGGCCCUGCCCUGACGCCAUUGAUGACAUUGCUCAGCUGCUGGCUGAUGUGGCCCGUUUCGCUGAGGGCUUGGAGAAGCUCAAAGAGUGUGUGCUUCGUGAAGACCUCCUGGAGGCCCGCCGGCCACUGGCGCAUGAGUGCUUGGGUGAGGCCCUCCGUGUGAUGCGCCAGGUCAUCAGUAAACACCCGCUGCUGAACACUGUGGAGACACUCACGGCUGCUGGCAACCUUAUCAACAAGGUCAAAGGCUUCCAUUAUGAGAGCAACAAGGAGGCAGACAAGCGGGAGUUUGAGAAGGCCCUAGAGACCAUCGCUGUCUCCUUCAGCAGCACCGUGUCCGAGUUCCUCAUGGGUGAAGUGGACAUCAGCACCCUUCUGUCGGUGCCCCCCGGGGAUCCAAGCCAGGCCAUGGAGCACCUGUAUGGACAGGGGGGUGAGGGCACCCCCCCAAGCACUGACGACUGUGAUGGAGGCUGCCCUCCCCCCGAGGAGGUGGACACGCUGCUGCAGCGCUGUGAGGGCGGCGUGGACGAGGCGCUGAAGUACGCCAAGAACAUGGCCAAGUACAUGAAGGACAUCAUAGUCUACCUGGAGAAGCGUACUGUGCUGGAGCUGGAGUUCGCCAAAGGCCUGCAGAAGCUUGUCCACAACUGCAGACAGAGCGUCACGCUGGAGCCUCACAUGCCGCUGCUGUCCAUCUACUCGCUGGCGCUGGAGCAGGACCUGGACAUGGUGCAGGCAGCCAGUGUGCUGCAGACACAGACCUUCCUGCAGCCCCUGACCCUUCGGCGGCUGGAGCAUGAGAAGCGCAGGAAGGAGAUCAAGGAGUCAUGGCACCGCGCCCAGAGGAAGCUGCAAGACGCCGAGGCCAACCUGCGCAAAGCCAAGCAGGGAUAUGUGCAACGCUGUGAGGACCACGACAAGGCGCGCCUGCUGGUGGCCAAGGCUGAGGAUGAGCAGGGAGGCGGCGGGCCCGGGGCGGGUGGAGCCGCCUCCAAGAGCUUGGACAAGCGGCGACGGCUAGAGGAGGAGACCAAGAACAAGGCGGAGGAGGCCAUGGCUACUUACCGAACGUGCGUGGCGGACGCCAAGACGCAGAAGCAGGAGCUGGAGGACACCAAGGUGACAGCGCUGCGGCUGCUGCAGGAGGUCGUGAGGCAAAGCGACCAGACCAUCAAGGCGGCCACCAUCUCCUACUACGAGCUGAUGCACGUGCAGACGGCGCCGCUGCCCGUCAACUUCCAGAUGCUGUGUGAGAGCAGCAAGCUGUACGACCCCGGGCAGCAGUACGCCUCCCACGUGCGCCAGCUGCAGCGCGGGGAGGAACCCGACGUGCACUACGACUUCGAGCCCCACGUCUCGGCCAGCGCCUGGUCCCCAGUGAUGCGUCCUCGCAAGUGCAGCUUCAACGUCAGCGACACAGCAGGAGUGGAGGCCGGCAGCCCCCCCGAAGCAGGAGGUCCUGAGGAGGAAGCGCUGACCAAGGAGCGGCGAGGCGGGCGCGGACACAAGGUGCACAAGUCCUGGCCCACCUCGAUCUCAGACUCUGACGGCAGCCUGGAUCCGGGGCUCGGCUCAGGGGACUUUAAGAAGUUCGAGCGGACCUCGUCCAGUGGCACCAUGUCGUCCAGCGAGGAGCUGGACCACGAGGGUGGCCCGGGGGCGCCAGACUUCGAGCAGGGCGGCCUCAAUGGCACGGCCCCUGCGCUGCCAGUGGCGGUCCCCAGCGGGCCCUUCCGCAACGUGGGGCUGUCCAAGGCAGCGCGAACCCACCACCUGCGCAAGCUACGUACGCCCGCCAAGUGCCGCGAGUGUAACAGCUACGUGUACUUCCAGGGCGCCGAGUGCGAGGAGUGCUGCCUGGCCUGCCACAAGAAGUGCUUGGAGACACUGGCCAUCCAGUGUGGUCACAAGAAGCUGCAGGGUCGGCUGCAGCUCUUCGGCCAGGACUUCAGCAGGGCGGCCAACAGCACCGCAGACGGUGUGCCCUUCAUCAUCAAAAAGUGUGUGGGAGAGAUCGAGCGACGGGCACUGCGCACUAAGGGCAUCUAUCGGGUCAAUGGAGUGAAGACGCGGGUGGAGAAGCUGUGCCAGGCCUUCGAGAACGGCCAGGAGCUGGUGGAGCUGUCACAGGCCUCACCCCACGACAUCAGCAACGUGCUGAAGCUCUACCUGCGUCAGCUGCCCGAGCCACUCCUGUCCUUCCGCCUGUACCACGAGCUGGUGGGGCUGGCCAAGGACAACCUGAAGGCGGAGGCUGAGGCCAAGGCAGCAUCGCGGGGCCGGUCGGACAGCGGUGGGAGCGUGGCCGCAAUGGUGGCCAUGGCAGGCCGGCUGGGGGAGCUGCUGCGGGACCUGCCUCCCCAGAACCGGGCCACGCUGCAGUACCUGCUGCAGCACCUGCGCAGGAUCGUGCAGGUGGAGCAGGACAACAAGAUGACACCUGGGAACCUGGGCAUUGUGUUUGGGCCCACGCUGCUGCGGCCGCGGCCCACGGAAGCCACUGUGUCCCUGUCAUCCCUGGUGGACUACCCCCACCAGGCACGUGUCGUGGAGACCCUCAUCGCGCACUAUGCCCUGGUCUUCAAGGAUGAGCCCGAGGAGGUGCCUGGGGCUCAGGCCGAGGUGGUGCUGCAGGUGCCCUUCCUGGAGGCAGACAAGGCGGCAGCCGAGCCCGUGCCGGAGGCAGCCGAGGAUGGGCCCCGAGGAUCUCAGCUGCCAUCCAAUGACUCAGACUCAGAGCUGGAGGAGGCCUCGGACCUGCUGUCGUCGCCAGGUACCGGCGCCCUGCACCGCCUGAGCUUCCUGGAGAAGCAGGAGAGCGAGGCGAGCCUGGAGGAGGACGUACGCAGUGGCAGUGAGGAGCAGCUAGAGGCGCCUGGUGAUGGGGAGGAGGAGCUGACCCGGGGGCUCUCGGGAUCCAACACCAACCAGUCCAACAACACAGCCGGCGCCCCGCUGCCGACCACGAGGCUCCAUGCUGGGCACAUCGUGGUGGGCACCUGCCAGGAGAGAAGGCCUGAGUGCGUCUGAACCACGGAAUGGUGGGCAGGGAUUGGCGUCCUGGCUGCCUCAGCGCAGCAGAGGGAAGGAGUCCUGCUCGUGACUGUCCCCUGGCUGAGCGCGUUGGGAGCAGAUACCACACUUGAGCCCCACUGCGUGGAAGACAGUUACAGAAACCAGGGUGGAGGCUGUGCUUUGGUGGCUGGACACUCGCUCUAGAACUUUCCCAGAAAGCCUAUUUUGGGCACCUGGGGUUAGGGCCAUGGUGACAUCUCCCAUGGGUCCUGAAGUUUUCUCUGACCUGCACGUCUACUUUGCUUAAAUAAAGUUUUAGGCUGAGUCCGUCUUCUCUGGCGGCACAGCCUGGGGGACAGAGUGCCCCUCACCCUUGUCCCUGCCCUUGUCACUGGGGCGAGGGACAGAAAUUACUCCGCAGAGAGGCCCACCACUGGGUGGUCUUCGAGGUGGGCUGUCCAAACAUUCUGAAGGCAAAGAGUGACUUCACGUAGACUUCUCGCUCAGCACUGUCCAGUAGAACGUUCUGGAUGACUUAAGUGGUCUCCAACAUGAUAGCCACGAGCCUCACGUGGCCACUGAGCUCUGGAGGUGUGGUGGCUGUGAGAGGCCCUGCCUUCAGUUCUACUCCCAAGGUCCUGGACAGCACAGGUGGAGGAGGUGAGGGCGCCCAAGUCCUGUCACUGAGCCAGUGUCACCUGUGGGGCUCGCUUACACACACACCUAGCAGCAAAGGCCUCACAGGAUGGCAGAGCAGGCCCAGUGGUACGAACCGCGAGUGGGGCGGGCAGGUUCCAAAAGCAGAAAAGCCACCACACAUCACUGAGAAACCAUCAGACCAAACGUGCACCGCCAUAUGAUAAGAACUGGGCGGGGGGGGGAGGCCUUGCCUUUCUGCAGGAGGACAACCCCCAGACCCAACACGUGCCCUGAGACCCACUGCACCACGGCAGGGUAGGUGGCCCAGCAUGUGAGGGAACAAACAGAUGCUGUGUCAGGGCCAUGUUGAGGGGGGCCCUUGCCUGGCCCUGUCAGAAGCUUUCUGAGAGAGAAGUUAUCAAAAGGAGCUGAUCAUGGUUGGCAAACAAUGGCCCCCUGCCUGUUUUGUAAAUAAAGUUUUAUUUACACCCA